AUGCCGUUCGAAUUAAAUAACCAAAAUAAAACUAAAUACAAAUGUUCAUAUUCUCAAAAACAAUCAAAAUCCCCAGAGAACCAGUCUGAACCAGAAAAACCAAAUUUUGAACUUUCGGGAAAAUUAGCAGCAGAAAGUAAUCAUAUUAACGGAAUACCAUUAAAAUAUUAUGAACCAUCUGAAGCUCAUAAGCCUGAUAAAUUAUGGCAACUAUAUGUAUUUAAAAAUGAUGAACAAGUCAGCAUUUUUGAUAUUGAUCAAAAAAGCUCUUAUCUAUUUGGAAGAGAUCGUUUGGUUGCAGAUAUUCCACUAGAUCAUCCAUCAUGUUCAAAACAACAUGCAGUUAUCCAAUUUCGCCAAAUAAAAUCCAAAAACACUAUUUCGGAACAUAUAAUAAAGCCUUAUAUUAUCGAUCUCAAAUCAACUAAUGGAACUUUUCUUAAUAAUGAACGUAUUCUUGAUAGUCGCUAUAUUGAACUCAAACCAAAAGAUAUACUUAAAUUUGCAGAUUCAACUCGAGAAUAUAUUUUACUCCAUAAUAACAUUUAG